CCUGACGGGAUUUAAUGUAAUUAUAGGAUUACAGUUGUCGGACAGCACUGCAGCCGGGGAAUAUUUUCUACCAAUGGAGGUGUUUUAAGUGUAUAUACACUUAUUCACUGCGAGGUCAUCUUUAAAUAACGGAACCAUAUAAACAUUAUUAAUCCUGACUUUUUGACGUCGAUUAAUCAACUACAUCGGAAGCUAGAUACAGAACAACCUUCGAGGUAGUAUCUCGAGCGCAUUACGCACGACGGGAGGUACACAGUCGCUCUUCAUUCAGAAGAUGAAAACUCUCAAACCGACACAGAGGGGGAUAUAAAGCAUUACUGCGGAAUACCAAGGAUUUGAACUGUUGCCAGAGCAUCAAACGAGAGGACGAUUAGGAAUCUUGCCAAAAGCAAAAGCUCUUCUCUGUUAUGUCUGUCUCCUCUUUACCGGAAUGGAAACAACUCCUGCUGGAGCGAAAGAGGAGGGAGGAGGAGGAGCGAGAGAAGAGAGAAAAAGAGGAGGAGGCCAAACUCGCCAGCAUGCCUGUUUGGAAGCGAGGGAUCAUCCAGAGGAGAAGAAUGAAACAGGAGAGUUUCGGGGACAAGGAAAGAGAGGGCCCCCUCCAAGUCAAGGAGGGCAGGUCCCCUUCUGAUGCUGUGAGUGACCCAGACAGCGCUACACUGGUGCAGCUGGGAAGUGAAUCACCACUCAGCCCAGACAUCACAGGGCCUUGGCUGGAUGAAGAGUCUAAACCGCAGAGUCAGGUGUUAAGGGAGACCAUCACCACUGUCCAACAAAAUCCAUUCGUUCGCACGCAUGGCGUGUUGAGAAGGGGAAGAGAAGAAGAUAUGGCAGGGGAGAUGGGCCACGAGAAAGGGAAUGAGCAGGAAAUAGAAGUAGGGAGAGAGAGGGAAAAGGAGAAGGAAAGAGGCCAUGUCAAAGGUCAUGAUGGGGAGUCUGGGAGGGGAAGAGAUAUAGAAUUAAAACUACAGCGAUACAGGGAACGGAGUAGGGGCAGAGAAAGGGACAGAAGUGCCGGAAGAGAGACGAGCCGGGACACUGUGAGAGACAGGGAAAGGGAAUGCCUGAGAGGGAGAAAGGAGGAGGAGAGGGAGGAGGGAGACUCAGAUCCUCAAAACCCCAAGUACCCCCAUCCACUAGUCCCAGGCCUUCGUACCAUCAGAGCAGACAACAUCAUCAUUAUUGAACAGGACAGAAAGGGCAGUGAUGAAAGGAGGGGUAGAAGGAGAGAGUGGGAGAGGGAGGUGAUGGAAGAGGAGCAGGAAAAGAGAGACAUAAAGAUGGACCUCAAGGAGUUUCUUUCUGGUGGAGGGAGUGUCACGGAGAUCCGAGCAUCAGUGGGAUUGGUAAUUAAACCCUUAGCUGGCACUGAGGACUGCAGGAGUGGAAGUCUAAAAGGGGCAGGCAGGGAAGGAGAUGGCAAAGAGAAGGGAGAGAGAGAGGCAAAGUGCAAUAAAGAUGGAAGAAAGGACUGUGAGAGGGGGCUGGAGAGAGAGGUGGCGUGGUUGAUGAUGAAAGAUAAAGAGAGGGAGAACUUGAGGGAGAAAGACCGACCACGAACACACGCAGCUUCAGAACAAGAGAAUAGGAGAUGUGGUGACACAGAUGACAGUAUCCACAAUGAGAGAAGAGUUAGGGUGAGUGAGCUGCUGAGUAAAUUUGGGGAACAUACAAAGAAAUUCAGGGAACAUCCAAAGCCCCCGUCCCGGUCUAAAAGCUCAGAUUGUUUCAGCCGGCCUGGCAGGUACAGAGACAAUUUUGGUCUGGACGAGGACAAUGAUGGAGACAGGAGAGGGGAGGAGAAACGUGCAGGAUUCAGGGGUGUGCCCAAGCGGUCAUUCAGCUUCUCUGACCAGGUGAUAUGCACAAAGGAGAAUGGCAUGCAGGAUGAGGGGAACCAUGAUAGGAAGAUGGUGGAGAGGACAUGUUCAGACAGGAGGGUGGCACCUCGGGGAGAUGUAGUGGAGGGGGAAUGGUCAGAGAGGGGAGGCAAGCAGGGGGGCUGGACCCGGUUUUCAGAUAAAGAGCGGGUGGGGAAGCAUAGAGAGGGAUUCAUAAAAACAUACAGGGAGGAAGAGGGGCAGCCUGAGAGACAGCCUGCGUUGGAAAGUAACACAGGGAAAGAGACUGACCAUGGGGUCGAGAUUGUAACACAAGUGGAGUUAGAAUAUCGGAACACGGGGACAGAGAAACUAACACAGAAUAUGUGUGAGGAGGCAGGGUUUACAAGGGCCUCAGUUAAAAACACAGAGGCCUCAUUUGUGCAAGGAGUGCCCAUUAAACACGAUGGGCGAGAGAGAGCAGUGGAAAGAGAGGUAAAGCGAAUGACAGAAGAAAGAGAGAGAGGGAUGGAGAGGGCGAGGAGCACAGAGAGAGAGGUGGUGGUUGGAAGACAGGCAGAACCUCAAGUGAGGGACAGAAGGGGGUCAGCCAUUAGAAGAGGAUCAGACGCAAGGGAUGCCAAGAGGAUGUCAGAAGUAAGGGACUGCACAAUGUCAGUUGAAACAACUCAGCAAAACUGUGUGAUCACCCUCUCUGUAGACAGAGCCAGUCCUCCUCAGUCUGUCGAAAGCCAUUACAGACGUGUCUCAGCAUUGACAGAGUGUUCAACCACCUUGCUCAGCGCUGUGGCACACAGAGGAACAGAUUGGCGUAGUAGUCAAGGAGCGCCGGGGAACCAUUCAACCCAGUCAGCACUAUCACAGCACACGGGGGAUCUUAUCAACAAGACAGGGAGAGUCGGAGAGACAGCCAACGAACUUGACAAUCACACAGGGACCCAAGAUCGCAAACGUGUGACGAGGGAGGACACAGAGAAUGUGAGAGGGAGCAAAGCUUACAGGGUGCCAAGUGAGGUGAGCAAGGAGAGCGCACACUCACCUGGCACACACGUGCACAGUCACGUCUGCCCCGAAAUGUCCGUCCAGGAAGUGACCCCUGAGUCUCCCAAGUCUCCAAAGCACGUUGCCUCAGUUGGAAUCCCCCCAACGCCACUUGAGCGACACAUACCCAGGACAGUGUUCUACGGUGUGGAGGAGGUAUUAGAGAACAAAAGGCCAAGCCUCCAAAGCGAUGACGACCAGAGCUGCGAAGAAGAGGGAGGGAAAGGUGUGGAGAGGAGGGAUAGUUGGAGGAUCGGCAAGCCUUUGUCUCGUAUCGAAUCCCUGCGAGAGAAAAUCCGGCAGAGGGAGAAGGAGAGGCUGAGGAACACGGAGGGAGCGGUAGCAACGGGGGAUGAUGGAGAUGCGACUGAGGGAAUGAAAAGGGCUGGGACUAGAAGGGUUAGAAGAGCUUCAAGUUCAGAUAUGUGUGAUGAAGGAGAGAGGGGGAACGAAAUGGGGCGAGAGAGACAGAGACAGGAAGGCUCUGCACAGCAGACAACAUCCACUCAGUUUUACGUCACACAGGAAGCGAGCGUGUCAAAAGCCGACCCUGAGCUUCCUGUUCCUCUUUCAUUCUCGCAAUCUGUCAAAGGAGAGGAAGAAAGCGAUCACACGAUCGAGAGAGAGGAAGAUCCAAUAAAACAUGUAGUAGAUGAGUUACGGUGUGACAGGGGUCGGCAGAGAAAACAGGACACCAGAGGCAGAGGAGGAGAAGUAGCAGAGGAUAAACUCUCGGAGGAAGAGGACAGGUUGCAUUAUCUGCCUCCUUCACCCUCUCCUUCACCCUCAGACUCUUUCUCCCCCUCUCUUGCUGAGAUGAGCCGGAUCUAUAACCUGAAAACAGUGGGGUCCAGGACGGCGGUGUGCAUGAGUGAGAGGACCGUGGAUAGGCCUAUCCCUAUACAUACACCCAACGUACAGUCCCGCAUAUCAGCAGAACAACAGGAGCCAAGCAGUCUGGAGAGAUCCGUUGGGAUGCUGACACAGAAGCAGCUGUGGGGUGGUAGUGGGGCAUCUGGAAAUAAGGCCUCUUGUGAUGAGAAUUCCGGACUUCAGAAAAUACAGCGUCAGGUGGAACAGCUUCAGUUGCGAGAACAACAGGAAGUACAGAGACUAUCACACGACGACAACGCAGAACAGUCGACUUUUAGUAAAAAAACUAAUUUGAAAGCUAAAGCGUCUGAAGCUCAGCAAAGCACAAGGAUAUCACACAACCAGCCUAAUAAGGAACCUCAACAGAUGCAUCCGAGGCAAAAGGACCAGCAAACACCUCUAAAUCCCAGAAAAUGUCAGUCUAAUCCGCAGUUGCACUCUGAAAGGCCUCCUCAAUCCAAUCGUGCCCAAUCCAUUACCAUCAACUCCAGAUCUCUCCUGACCCCCUCUCCUGAGAACUCAUUACACCCAGACCAGGGAGUCCCACCCAGCACAUCAUCCUCCCCAUGUUCACCCUCCCCACCCCAGUCGCCCUCCGUCUCUCCCUCUCCUUCGCCUUCUCCGAUCCAUUUCACCAUCAGAACAGGCUCUAGAGGCCAGCAGGCCAAGAGGGGCACCACCAUCACCAUCACCCCAAGGAAGCCUGUUGGAGGGGCAGCCGUAGAAUCGGUUUCAGUAUCCUCAGGACCCUCAGUCAAGACGUCUACUAAGUCCCAGAUGCCUGUCCUAACCGAGAUAGUAGAGAGAGGCAAGAAGAGAUACCCCACUACAGAGGAGAUCGAAGUGAUCGGCGGAUAUCAGAACCUGGAUAAGUCUUGCCUGGUCAAGACUCCCAAAGGGACUCCCAAAGGGGUGAAGGUGUGUUUCGACGAGACCCAGCUGGAGCAGGUUUUUGAAUACCCAUCAGAGGCCUCUAUGAUAGCCUUUACCCCCUACCCCAUACCAGGUCAGGAGAAAGGGAAGGAGGAUGAGGUGCAGGAGGAAGAGGAGGAGGAGGAGAGAGGAGUGUUUGUGUCCGGGAGCAGCAGGAACGUGGGAGCAGCGGCUGGCCUGAGAGUACUGAGAAUAGAUGAGUCUAGCCAUCGGUAGAUGUCAGCUCGCCAAAUAGCCCAAGUGAUGUUUCAUAUUAGAUUUUUGUUUCCUGUAUUUUGUUUAUUUAAAAUGAUAUAAUUAAUGUUGGUAAUCUUUUUUGAUGUUCAAUGUUUUAUUUUACUUAGGGUCAGGGACUAUUGGUUUUGAAUUAAAAAAAUGAUGGUUUUGAGCAGUUUAUGAGUUGAAUGAUGGCGCAUGUAGCGGAACUGGACUUUUUAUUUUACUUCUAUUUCAAGGUAGAAGUGCAAAGGAAAUAUGAAAGCACAGUACAUAUUGUAGCCUAUAAGUUUGAAUAUAUAAAAGUGUAUUUUUACCAUCAGGUGUGUACUGUUGGGUGAUGAUCACAUGUCAAUGCAAGUUAGUGGAUUACUACAAAAGUAGUAAUCCACUAACUUGCAUUGACAUGUGAUCAUCACAUGUGAACAUGUGAGUCUUGUGAACAUCCCUCAUCUGUACAGUGCCUUCAGAAACUAUUCAUACACCUGGACUUAUGCCACAUUCUGUUGUGCUAAAGCAUGAAUUCAAAAUUUAUUAAAUAUAUUUUAUUUCUCACACAUCUACACACAAUAGCCCAUAAUGACAAAGUGAAAACAUUUUUUAAAAAAUAAAAUUUUACAUCACACCCCAGAGCCAAUACAUCCAGCUCUUUCAAGUUGGUUGUUAAUCAUUGCUAGAAAGUCAUUUUCAAGUCCUGCCAUAGAUCUUCAACCCUAUUUAAGUCAAAACUGUAUCUAGGCCAUUCAGGAACAUUCAAUGCCGUCUUGGUAAGCAACUCCAGUGUAUAUUUGGCCUUUGUUGAUUCAGAGGGAAUGGGUUAAAUGCAGAAGACGCAUUUCGGUUGAAUGCAUUCAGUUAUGUAGAUAUCCCCUUUCCCUUAUUGUCCUGCUGAAAGGUGAAUUUGUCUCCCAGUGUCUGUUUGAAAGCAGACUGAACCAGGUUUUCUUCUAGGAUGUUGGUUGUGCUUAGGUCUAUUCCGUUUAAUUAUUCUUAUUUGUUUUAAACUCCUUAGUCCUUGCCAAUGACAACCAUGUCCAUAAUAUGAUGCAGCCACCACCAUGCUUGAAAAUAUGAAGAGUGGUACUCAGUGAUGUGUUGUGCCUUAUGGCAAACAGGAUUGCAUGUUUUGGGAUAUCUUUAUUCUGUAUAGGCUUCCUUCUUUUAACCUUUAUUUAACUAGGCAACAGUUCACUCUGUCAUUUAGGUUAGUAUUGUGGAGUAACUACAAUGUUGUUGAUCCAUUCUCCGUUUUCUCUUAUCACAGCCAUUCAACUCUGUAACUGUUUUAAAGUCAGCAUUGGUCUCAUGGUGAAAUCCCUGAGCAGUAUUUUCUAUUAAAUUGUAAAAAUAAAAAAAUAAAAAUUACAAACAUAAUUCCAAUUUGACAUGAAAUGGGGUAUUUUGUGUAGGCCAGUGACACAAAAUGUGGAAAAAGUCGAGGGGUGUAAAUACUUUCUGAAGGCAUAGUAGUUUCUGGCAAACCAUGGCUAUAUGUAACAUGAUGACAAUUCACUUUUGUUCAAUUACGGUUUCUGUUUCAAUCACAAACUGGAUUUAAGUGAGACUUAAUGCACAUGAUUGAAAAACCUGAUGAUACAUUAUGUAAUGAUCACCAUUACAAGUUUUGAUUUUUAACCACUAGUGGAAUUAAUGUGGUAGGAUGAAAAACAGUAGUCUAUGUACUGUAUCUAUAGUACUUUGACUGUAUAGUUUUGAAUGGAAAAGGUAUUAUGUUUGGGUCUCUGGUGUUAUUAUGUAAGACUACAGCACAUGUGUGAUGUGGGUGAAAAACAAAGACCAUGAUUUUCAGACAUUUAAUAUAUAGAAUGGUCCUUUGGAGUAUGGAUUGUUAAUGUAUAUUUGACAUUUGUAUAUAAAAGCAUAAUUGACCAAUAAUUAAUCAAAGUUGACGGUUUGGCCUUACCCAGGUCUCCUUUAAGACUCCCUAAUGUUUUAUCUGUAGGUGCUACAAAGAAAACAUUGGUGUCAUAGGAAGCUUCACCGAUUGCUUUGUAAUAUGAGAAGCAUUUUGUUUUCAAUAACAAUAUUCUUAUUAAUUUAUGAAUAUUGAAAAACAAAAAAUGAUUUAGCAAAAUGUUUAAUAUAUUGUCGAACGUAAUAUACUCUACGGACAUAUCAAAGUUCCAGAGUGGGAUCUCUGCUAUUUUUAGAGUUAUGAUCCAAUUUGUAACAGAGUGAAUGUGAAAAUGGAUUCAAAAUGGUCACCCUCUUCUGGUGAUUUGCCGGAUGUACAAUACAUUAAAAUAUUAGCCAAAUUCAAAUUGUAUAUUUCAAUAUUUAUGUUUAUAUUUUUCAAUAUUCAUUAAUUAAUAGGAAAAUUGUUAUUGAAAUCAAAAUGCAUCUCAUGUUGCAGAGCAAGCGGCAACGCUUCAUAUUACACCAAGUUUUGCUUUAUGGAGUCUUAAAGGAGGGUUAUAUGGCAACUUGUAUUAUUUCUCAAUUAAGCUUUUAGAUACAAAUGUCAACAAUACUUCCUCCAAAAGGACCAUUCUAUGGAUUAAAUGAAGUGAAAAUCCCCCAAAUCAUGGUCUUUUUUUUGGUCCUAGUUCGUGACGAAUCACCCACAUCCAAAAUAAGGGCACAAAUGUUAUCAUGGUUCCAUGAGAUGCUGUAAUCUCAAUUUUAGGUGCUCUUUUUUACGUGAAAGAAUCUAUCUGAAGAAUAUCAUAUAUAUGGUAUAUCUGAUUUAUGCUCCCAUGUUUACAAUUUUGAUACUUUGAUUUAUUCUUUCUGUUUUCAAUUGCGGUCGAAGAAGCUGGCUUCAAGAGAGAAAACACAUCUAAUAAAUGAUUUGAAAUUAAAAGUGUCA